AUGAGUGUCGACAUUUUCCACAUUACACCGAGCGCACACAGGGAGUACGGCGCUUUUCAGGCCAGAGAGUGCAGGCUGCAUCUUGAAAAUACGGUGGUGAAAAGAUGGCCCGUCGAGGUCUUGUCUGGCAAGGCGAAUUUGGAAGUCCGGCCGACAUUUGUCAAUAAGGGGUCCAUUACCACGCGUCUGGUGAAUGAGUUUAAAUACAAACAGGGCCAGGACCCAGAUUUUGUUCUAUGUUUAGGUGAUGAUUUCACUGAUGAAGACAUGUUUCGCGCGCUCAUCAGCAGCAACCUUCCGCGGGAACGAGUCUUUUCCGUUACUGUUGGUGCCAGCUCGAAACAGACACUUGCGACCUGGCAUCUGCUCGAGCCAGCCGAUGUCAUUAGUACGAUCGCCCUCUUAAAUAGCAAAGCAACUCCCAGUGAAAUGGUCCGCCAGUAA